AAUUUGUUUGUACCACCCGUGUGGAAAAGACGAAGGUCACGAGAGGCAAUACGAAUUUUGAAGAUGUUCGAGGCUAGGCUUACUCAGGCUGACGUAUGGAAAAAAGUCAUUGAUGCCAUAAAAGACCUUGUACAAGAAGCGACUUUGGAUUGCACGGAAAAUGGCAUCAGUUUGCAGGCUAUGGAUAACGCUCAUGUGAGCUUGGUGUCGCUACUGUUACGUAGUGAUGGUUUUGAGACAUACAGGUGCGACAGAAAUCUUUCUUUGGGCCUGAACAUUACAAGCGCUUCCAAAAUUCUGCGCUGUGCUAGUGGUAAUGAUGCAAUUACUCUUAAAGCUGGAGAUAAAGCGGAUACACUGACAUUUGUUUUUGAAUCAAAAUCCCAAGAUAGGUCAUCAGAAUUCGAGAUCAAGCUAAUGGAUCUAGAUGUUGACCACCUGGGCAUUCCCGAUACUGAUUACAAAUGCAUCAUACGAAUGCCGUCUGCACAGUUACAAAGAAUAUGUCGAGACCUAAGCCAGAUAGGAGAUUCCGUCGUUAUAUCAGUCGCUAAAGAUGGCGUGUCUUUUAGUUCAAAUGGUGACUUAGGUACUGGAAAUGUCAAACUUAGCCAGUCCGCUAACGCUGAUAAGCCUGAAGAGUCGGUUUCGAUUGAAAUGCACGAGGCUGUAAGCAUGACCUACUCCUUGCACUACUUCAACAUAUUCACUAAAGCCACACCACUCUCCAGCCAAGUCGUAUUAUCUCUGACUGAGAACGUUCCCGCAGUUGUGGAGUUUGGUAUUGAAGAUCUCGGUUAUGUUCGGUACUACUUAGCACCAAAGAUUGAAGAUGACGCUGACUAAAAUGAUAAGAAAACAUGUAACAGACUAUUUUUAUACUCAUUGUUUAUUGCAAUAAAUGUAAGAUUCUUUAAACAAUCAUUUGUGUAUAAACUCAUGUUGUUAGCUCAAAUACUUACAAGUAUGUUUGAAAAAGUUCCAUCCAGA